UUAACAUUUUUGUGUAGAAUGUGAUAAAAUUAAAUAAAUAUGUUUAGGAAAGUUGCUGUUGGCAUUUCUGGGGGAGUAGACAGUGCUGUAGCUGCACUUUUAUUAAAAAGAGCUAAUUAUCAAGUGGAAGGUGUGUUUAUGAGAAAUUGGGACAGUAACUAUGAGUCCGGUUUAUGUUCUGACGAAAAGGAUUUUGAGGAUGCUUCGUUUGUUUGCCGUAAGCUCGACAUUCCCUUGCACAAAGUGUAUUUCAUAAAAGAGUACUGGAACGAAGUAUUUGCCGUGCUGCUUAAGGAAUACGAGACUGGUCUUACGCCUAAUCCUGACAUUUUGUGCAAUAGAUAUAUUAAAUUUGAUAGCUUCUUUGAACAUUGCAGGAAUAAUUUAGCUGUUGAUGCAAUAGCAACAGGGCACUAUGCAAAUACGUCCUUUGGUCCUUAUCUGGAACGUUACAAGGACGACGAAGAAGCAAAACUUCUCCAACCCCUAGACCUAUACAAGGACCAAACAUUUUUCCUGUCUCAAGUAAAACAGUUUUCACUAAGAAAAUGUAUGUUUCCCUUGGCAAAUCUACUUAAGAGUCAAGUGAGAGAAAUUGCUCGGAAAGAAGGACUGUUGAGGGUAGCUGACAAAAGAGACAGUACUGGAAUCUGUUUCAUAGGAAAGAAUAAAUUUAAAAAAUUUAUUGAAGAUUUUAUUCAAACUAGAAAAGGGCAAUUUAUAGAUAUUGACAAUGGAAAAGUAGUUGGGGAACACAGUGGAAUACAUAAGUGGACAGUCGGACAGAGAUGUUGUCUGAAAGACUGGAAAGAUGCCUAUUUUGUGUUCAAGAAAGAUAUGACAACAAAUAAUAUUUAUGUUGUUCCUGGUACAAAACAUCCUGCUUUGUGGAACAACAUUUGCUUUACAGAGACUCCCCAUUGGAUUUGUCAAAUGCCAGUAGAAAUUAAAGAAAAUCACGUACUUCACUGCUACUUUAGAUUUCAACACACAAAGCCUUUGGUGUCAUGUAGAGUAGUUACUAAUUCUGAAGGCCUAACUAUAUUACUUGAUGAACCUUUGAGGGCUUUGACUGAAGGUCAAUAUGCUGUGUUCUAUAAAGACGGUGAAUGUUUAGGUAGUGCUAAGAUGAAAAGCAUUUGUCAUAAUUUGAACUUUUAAGAUGUUACUGUAAAUAAAUUAGUUAAAUAAAGUUGUUACUUGUUAAUCUUU